UGCAGUAAUUAGUUAAUCUGGCGUCCUACGUGCCUCGUAUAAAUUUAGGUUAAUCUGGAAUGAUGUAAUGAGCUUAAAUGUAAUGUCCGCAACAAUCAUCACUGAACAUAAGCAGGGCAAACUCUAACCGUUGGCCAGUCUCGACAAUAGUCGCACAAUGCUGGACCUGAACACAACAAAAAAGCAAUCAACUGUGUGCGUGGAGCACCAAGGAUUCAGACAUAACGGAAAAGAUAAUAUUGUGUGUCAUCCUCCUGAGUCCCAGGAAAGCACAGACAGUGGAUACGAGUUCAUUCAGCUCAGGAAACUGAAUGGCUCACCCGGCGAGAGUCCCAGUUACCAGAAUCUCCACAAGGAACUUCUGCUCUGCCACAAGAGAGGCCUGUUGUUGGAGGAGAAACCAGAAUUGCAGCGCGUGUUACAGCAAAGGAGGCUUGACCUGCACAGAGAGCAGGAACUUGCCCUCCGACCUCCCUCUGACCUGGAACAAGAGCUCCGUAAGAGACAGCAGAAACUGCAGGAGUAUGAGAUUGAGGAACAGAGCCGUAUAGAGGAUGAGAAAAACGUUCCAGAAUUUGUACGAGUGAAAGAGAAUCUGCGUCGCUUACGGUUGACAGAAUAAAAUAACUGAAGGGUCUGUGGAUAAGAAAUGUGCCUUUUUAUUUUUACUGUUUUCAUAUAAAAAAAAGAAUGUUGAAAUAAAGUGGCAUACAGCUGUAA